GAGGAUAUGGAGCACAUUAUGACAGUAUGCUCAUCCACAGGUCAGAAAGAAGUAUGGAAACUUACAGAAAAACUCUUGGAAAAGCAUGGGAUCCUCUGCCAGCACACUCUAUCCAUGACAAAUAUACUAGCAUGUGCCAUCCCAGUUUUCAAAGCCCCCAACAGAAAUAGAGACAGAAGGAAAGAAUGGUUCUACGACAUCACAAUAUCUCUAUCAAUGCAGGUCAUCUGGAAUGCUCAAUAUGAGAGGGUGAUCCAAAACCAUAACACCCCAUUCUCACCAGUGCAGAUGCAGAAUAGAUGGUGGAAAAGAGUACAAAACAGACUGGAUUUAGAUCGACUAAUGAUGCACAAAUGGUUUGGCAAGAAAGCACUCCAAAAAGCCCUGGUCAUCAAGACAUGGUCAGGCAUGAUGGACGAUGAGCAUCAGCUUCUGGAAGAUUGGACGGAAGCAGACAGGGUUUUAGUGGGUAAAGAGUAA